AUUCAUGGUCCGUUUGUAGCGUUUUUACGCGGAUUUGAAGCUUUUUGCUGUUAGCCGCUGUCAGUUUGUUAACCUCAAAAUAACGCGAAAACAGUAAUUGAACUGCAUAUUGUCCCGAAUGUUAACUUAGUGGAUAAAUUUUCACGAACUAUAAAGAAAAGAGCGAUUAAACGAAAAGAGCGUUCUUCAAGGUAAUACGGGUCACAGAGGAAUAUAAUGAUGUCGCGUUCCGUACGAGCAGAGACUCGUAGUCGUGCCAAAGAUGAUAUAAAACGGGUCAUGCAAGUUGUUGACAAAGUUCGACACUGGGAGAAAAAAUGGGUUACGAUAGGAGAAACAACUAUGAAAAUUUACAAAUGGGUUCCCAUUUCGACUCUUGACCAAAAAAAAAAAGGAAAAACAGUGGCUGACAAAGAGAACGGAUUAGCGCGGAAAACUGGAAUUGACACUUCAAAUUCGAACUUUGGUCUAACAGAAGACUCUAAUACCUGUUUUUCCACCGUCAGUGAUUCUCAGGGAUUGACAGAUUUCUCUGCGCAUUUAGGUUUCUCAGAAGAUUCAAAUUCCCAAAACAGUGAACCAACGCCCAAAGCAAUGAAGACUGAUUAGAUACGGAACCCGUAGAUUUUAGAAAUAAAUCGCAUUAUUGAAUUCUUACCUGAUACGCGAAACGGUUCGCAACUUUACACGUGUACAUAUAUUCCUUAAAAAAAAAGUUGAGAAAAAAAAUAAUAAGCCUCGAGUCGUUGAUGACACCGGCUUUCAUUCCCUGCGCAUAUUUAUCAUCACAAUCCGCCCUUUUUUUCCGAAAUGACGAGUUUCGUUGGCGAAAAAUGUACAGAAUAAUUCCUCAUAAAGUAUCGUACGAAAAAAUUUUCAAAACAGGGAAAGAGCAAAGAAACGUAACGCAGAAAAAUAUAAAGAAAUACGUUGAAAAAACAAAAUAGCAUAAUUAAAUUCGUGUACACUUACAAAUAAUCUUAAAAAAUUUAUGAAUAAAGAGAACGUUUCUUUUUACGAA